AUGUCUGUUAGUUUAUUGCAGAUAGAUGCUGAAGCUCUUGGGAAGAAUGCAGAAACUGUGUUCAGAGACAAAGGAGGGAAGAGAAGAAACUUAAAAGAAGAAAAACUGAAGCAGAGGGCAGAAGAUGCCAAAAAGGAAGAGAUGAAUGAAAAGUAUAUGGUUUGGGGGAAAGGAAUGGCACAAAAAGCACAACAGGAACAGACGCUGCAGGAAACACUACAUGAAAUGGACAAGCCCCUCGCAAGAUUCAAAGAUGACGAGGUUUUGGACGCCAUGUUGAAGGAGCGAGAGCGGGCAGAGGACCCCAUGCUGGCAUAUAUGCAGAAGAAGAAAGCUAAGGAAAACAAAGGAGGGUCAAAGGCCAAAGCCAAACCAAGGUACCGUGGCCCAGAGCCUCCCCCUAACCGCUUUAACAUUUGGCCCGGGUACAGGUGGGACGGGGUCGACAGAUCCAACGGAUUUGAGAAGGAAUUCUUCGCCAAGAUGGCCAACAAGAAAGCUGUAGCAGAUAUGGCAUAUAAAUGGAGUGUGGAAGAUAUGUGAACACUGUUUUGUUCCACCGAGUCUCGGAUAUGUUUAUAGGCUAAAUGUAGGAGUGAUAUUUAGAAGGUCAGGCUCUUAAUCUAAGGGAGAGAAAAGAUGG